AUGGCAACGGACAAUCAGGGUUGCCGUGCAAACAGACGCCGCCAGGCAUUCUCAUUUUCGGUCACCCUCCGCCCCUCAAUAGCAAGAAGAGCCAGGAUUGUAAGACCUCCUGCUCCUCCUCUAUCCUGCGAGGAAAGCGUCCAUUAUCCGGUCUUCAACCCUCUUGAUCCUCGACAUAAUCCUGCCGCUGUUACGUCUUCAUGGAACAGGGGUGGUUAUUAUACCUCUCGCAACACCAACCUCGAAAGCCCUGUAAGCUGGGUCCAGAGUCUGUCCAAACGGUCUCUUCGGAGAGCACGCUCCGGACUUGUAGCUCUGAGAGCGGGAAUGCAGAGGCGCACUUCUAUCUUCAGUACAAAUCGCACCGCUAAUGUACCUCGAGCUUGGCCUUCGUCUGAUGCCACAGAGGGUUCCUCGGACCAGCAGGAUGACGCCUCCUUCCCAUCAACAAUUUCUGAAGCCAGCACAGAGGAAGAUUCUGAUUUUGGAACUCAUCUGCAUCGAACAGAGUGCAACGAUGCGUCUUCGCUGAGCUGUGAUGUGGAUAAAUGCUUAGAUAACUGGCCAUUCUCUGUCACGAUUACUGAUCUCAAUCCCUUCCAGGAACUGACUGGAGGAUACUGGCCGCCUGGCCUCUUUCUAACCGAGGCGGCGCAUAGUAUCUUCCCGAGGGACUCGACUGAGGGGAAUAAUGGGUUAGGGUUGCAGCUUUCAAGGGAAUUGACAACUGGGGAAUAUAUCCAAUUGGACGAUUUUUUCAUGGACGAGUCGGGCUCCGAAUCAGGGGACUCUCUUCCCAGGCUGAGCCGUUCAUCCAAAAGCCUUCCCGAACCUGGCUGUUCUCAAAUAACAGGCGCCGAGGCCGAGCCCUCGCAUUCAACAAUUUUGACACCAUUACCCAACAACCUACUUGCACCAGUCCCGCUUCGAGACCCAAGUGUUAAUGGGAGCACUUCUCAGAUCAUAGGCCCCUCACUUUCCCCCGGCUUUCCUAGACCCCAAACGACAGAUGGACAACCGUCGGGCCGGUUCUACGCGUCCAGAACCCCUCAGGUGUCCAACGCUGCGUUGGUAGUAGAAUCCCGAGUACUAAUCGAUCGAGUCAGCGCCUACAGCGAUAAUAGUAUUAGUAGGACGGAAGACGAGGUUGAAGAUCAAGCCCUAACACCAGCCAUUAAUCAUGAGUCUUCUCCAGACGUACAGGCAGAGCCUCCCCAGCCAGCAUAUCAAUCGACUACAGAAGAAGCCCAGACACAAGAUAUCGCCGAAUCCGGAACAAACGACAACGUGUCAAACGAUCCUGUUUGUACAUUGUUAACUUUAAGCACGCAUCUAGCAGACGCGACAUCUGAAAGGCACAACGAUGACCAUCAUCAUACUCCGUCGCGUUCAUCGGGCGACACUGGUGGGCUGGGGCGUAGUGACUGUUCAGGGGAACAAACCCUAUGGUCAGCCCGCCCUAGCGAAGAGGUUACGGUAACGGAUCUCACAUCUGUGUCGAACAAUCUAUGGACGUCUAUCGAGCAUGGUGAUCUUGCAUCACUACUAUCCUUCACAGACGAAUACUUCUUCGUUGACGGCAAAACCAGUGGUCACCCCGAUCGGGAGAUAAUCCUACAAAAGCAGAACGGAGCAUCAUGA